CAAUCUUAAGGUAGUAUCGAUGGACUUUGGAUUCGGCAUUGUGAGUUCCUCUGGAAACGGAAUGAGUUCCGAAGCUCCGGUAGAGACCUCUUUGGUUACCAUGGUUGUGUCGUCAUCACCGCUGCCCUUCGGGUCAAGUGUGGGGGCCGCCACCAUGACCUCAUUCUCGAUGCUGAGCUCGAUCUUUGGGUCGUCUCCUCAACCCAUUCCCAGGCUCGAAACCAUGGGGGGUUACCCCGUUCAAGAUCCUCCCCAGGCGAACGACGGGAACGACCCCCUCGUGGCGAUGGUGAACCAAGCAUGGUACCAUAAUAACUAUCUCACCAUCAACUACAUCCUCGAGGGGUUGGCCGAGACGUUGUACCCCGUCUAUGCCGGUGCAAAGCUUACAAAGGAGCUUUGGAGUAGCUUGAACAAGAAGUAUCAAGCUAAAGAUGUCAGCACGAAGAAGUUCAUCGUCGGGAAGAUGCUGGACUACAAGAUGAAAGUAGGCGUCAGCGAGGCCUUUCAAGUGGCGGCCAUCAUUCACAAACUUCCACGCUCUUGGGAAGACUUCCAAGCCGAUCUCAAGCUCAAGAGAACUGAGCUGAACCUGGAGCAACUACUCAUGCGGUUGAGGAUCCGAGAGGAAGGGCUUGCCAGAAGAGGUGGAGGGGAAAAGGCGAAUAUGGUAGAACAUCCUUCGGGCUCUUCACAUGGCAGGAAGGACAAAAGGAAAAUCGGUCCUAAAGGUGGUGUUUCUAAAUUUGCAGGGAAAUGCUACAAUUGUGGCAUUACCGGGCAUCGUUCUUCCGACUGUAGGAAAAAGAAGUCACAAAAGAACAAGAAGAAAACCACUAAAGCCAUGUGUGCAGAGCUCGACAACUUGGACCUCUGCGCAGUUGUCACCGAGGUGAAUCUCGUCAGGUCAAACUCAAGGGAAAGGUUUGUGGACACAGGGGCAACACGCUAUAUUUGCUCCAAUCGGAGCAUGUUUCACGACUUCUAAGAGACCACCGGUGAGAAGGUCUGGAUGGGCAAAUCGGCCUAAUCAGAGGUUCAAGGUGUUGGUAAGAUUAAGCUUAAAAUGACCUCCGGCAAAGAGCUAACGCUUAAUGACGUACUCUUUGUGCCAGACAUUCGUAAAAUUUUAGUGUCAAGGUCAUUGCUGAUCAAACACGGCUUUCGGAUGGUGUUUGAAUCAGAUAAGCUAAUCUUGUCCAAGAAAGGGAUUUUUAUAGG